AUCUAAAAUGAUGCAUGCAGAAGAAAGAUGGAAUGGAGCGUUUUGCAGGCCGGAAUCAAACGUUUUGUUGUAAUCAUUGAAAUGAUGAAAGCUUUGUAGCAGAUUAUAAUGGGCAGCAGCUUUUACAUGAAAUUCAAUCUGCAGCAAGCUAAGCACUGUAAUUAACGUACGAAUAGAAUUGAACCGGAUUCUUGAAGGCCGCAGCAUAUAAUAUACAGUGUCUGAGAAUUCUGAGGAUUAUUGAAGAUGCCGAAGAAACGAUGGAAGGCAUCCAUGAAGAUCUUUGCCAGUCACAUCGACCCGCAGAAGGAAGAAGAGCUGAAAUGGAUCAAAAUAGAAAUGGAGAACAAUGUGAAGAGGAUUAUAAGGCUGAUAAAGAGCAGUGUAAACCAAGGCAAUCGCGAUUCAAACCAGAAGAGGAGAUAUGAGCUGAUUCAGCUGGUGGAGGAUUCGAACAAGCAGUACCAGUUUCUUUACAACCAGUACGAUAAUCUGAGAGCGGAAGUGAGGAAAAAAUGCCGCACAAAAGACGACGGCGACGGCUCUUCUUCCGCUUCCAGUUUGGAUUCCGAGUCAUAUUUCUCGCCGGAGGAGUCCGGCCGGAGCGGCGGCUCAUCCAGCGGCGAGCUCCUCAGGAGGAAGGCCAGCAACCGCAGCCUGAAGGCGGCUGCUGCUGCAGAAAAGCCGCCGCCUGAGGCCGCCGAGGAUGUCAUCCUAAAGGACACAUUAACAUCCACCACGGAAGUGAUCAUGAAGGAGACCAUAAACGUGGAUUUGGAUUCGCAGCCGGUAUCGCCGACGUCCGACAGAGUGCCGGCAACAGAGGAGUUCAUCAAAGAACUGAGCGUUCAAUCUGAAGUAGCAGAGAACAUGACGAAUAAGCUGAGGGAAGAAUGCUCCGCCUUAAAGGACAAAUUGGCGGAGAAAGAAGAACAGCUUUUGUCUGUUACUAAGAACUAUGAGCUACGAGCGAAGGAAUUAGAGGAUCAAGCUGCCAAUUUGAAGCUGAACCUGGAAACCUCCAUGGCUCAAACCAGAACCCUAGAAGAGCAAAUGGAGUCCAAAUCAAAUGAUGUAAAGCAAUUGGAAGAGAGUAAGCUACAAACAUUGGCUCAGGCGAAAGCUUUAGAGGAUCAAGUUGAAGGUUUGAAGGACAAGCUGGAAACUCAGAAGAAAGAUUUAGAGGAGCAAGUUGCAGAUUUGAAGCUCGAGCUGGAAACUUCAUCCGCUCAGAAAAGAGACCUGGAAGAGAAAAUGGAAUUCAAAUUAAAUCAAGUAAAACAGUUAGAAUACAAAUUGGAAGACUCGCGCGCAGAGAAGGCUGAAGCGGAACAAAAUCUGGAUCGCAGAUUGCUCGAACUGAAACAAUCGGAAGAAACCAAUUCUAUAUUACAAGCCAAGCUCGCAGGGAUGGAAAUAAGAUAUAAAGCAAAAGAAGACGAACUUUCAGGUUUUAUAAGAAAACAAGAGGAAAACCAGAAGCGUUCAGUUUCCAGGGUUGAGGAACUGACAAGAGAGGCAAACAAUCUGCAACAACAACUGGAAUUUUUACGUCUAGAGAACAGCAAAUUGGAUGAAAAACUCCAGACUGUGACCAACGAAAAUUCCGAUCAAAUCCAUGACUUAUCGCAAAAAAUGGAGUUUCUGCAACUGGAGAUGCUCUCACUGGGAAAUCAGAAAUCAGAGCUGGAACAAUCGCUUAAGAAGAAAUCACGCGAAGUAUCCGAAUGCCAAUUGGAGAUAGAAGCACUGAAACAGAAGAUAACAAGCAUUGAAAACCUUGAUAUGGAAACAGACAGCGAUUCAAGCACGGAAAAAGAAGAAACCCUAGCAGAAAAGGAAGACGGCUCCACCAAGGUGACUAAUCUCCAGAAAGAGAUAAUAAGCAUUGAAACCGAGAAAAGCAUCCUGCAACUAAAGCUGGAGAAAGAGAGACAAGAAUCCACAGAGGACCUAACAGAGAUGGAGAAGAAGACGAGGGAUUUAGAAACCAAAGUCUCGGAGCAGCAAACCCUAAUCCACCAACAACAACACACCAUACACAAGCUAAACAAGCAGCACAGACACAUGCAGGCCAAGUACGAGGAAGCCAACACCAAUUUCCUGAACGCAGAACGGAAAAUAGACGAAAUGUUGGAAGAGCUGCGGAAGAAGUACGAAGACAGUCUCAGAAUCCUAAGCAGAAGAAUCCGAGUCGCGGAACAGCUCCACACAGAGAACAAGGAAUGGUACCUCCAAACAAGAGAAAAAUUCGAGCAAGAGACCAAAGAACUCAAAGAACUUACAGAGAAGCAGGAAAUCGGAGUCCAGAAGAUCAAGGAAAUGUCAGUAAUGGCGAACGAUGCAUUAGCUUCACUCGACACAGUCACUCUAAGAUUCGAAAAAUGCACAUCCAACUUCAUAAACCGAAUCUCCAGCAUGUCCUGCGAGCUCAACUUCGCAAAGGAAUGGGUUUCCAGGAAACACAAAGCCAUAGCACACGUGAAGGGGGACCUGGACUACUUGCUGGCCCAGCUGGACGAGAAAGAAGCAGAGAUAUGGCAGUACAGGGAGAAAGUGUGGAAGUCGGAGCACAAAGUGAGGGAAUUGGAGAAGAUGAUCAAACACAACGAGGAUGCAAUGUGUGAUCUGAAAGAAGAGAAGAGGGAAGCCAUCAGACAGCUGUGCGUGUGGAUCGAUUAUCACCGGAGCCGCUGCGAGUACUACAAGAAAAUGCUCUCAGAAGUUGGCUUCAUCAAAGCUCCAAUAAUGUGAUUCUUCAUUGUUAAGUUUCUUCAUCGUUCUGUUAGUUCACAGUUUCUUUUUGCUUCUUUAAACAACACAACAUAUGCUGAAUAAGCUAGCAUUCUUAGGCUCUUGUCUCAGUAGAUCAAUUUCUUCUGGGGCCACCCCAGAUUUUGUAGUUGCAUCAAAGAUUAUU